CACCACUGGUGAAGACGGAAGUCCGAAGUCGGUCUUGUUCUUCCUAAAUCCGCAAAUCGCAGAACGGAAUAACCAGAGCGAGAGCCGCGCAGGGCCAGAGACAGGCAGGUCUUGUUCCUACCUGCAUAUUGUUUCCCAUGUCGCCUUCAGAGAAUCCGUUGCAGCUUAUCUCCCAAUCAUUCGAGAAGGUAUCAAAUAGCAUCCAAACCCAUCUCUCCCACUUCCUACGAUUUCCAAACACUACAAACCCACCCUUUGGUAUUUCCACUACUUCAAUAUCAAACGACUUGGCUCCAAGACGUGCCACCUCAGAUCUUCUCCAACCCACUCCAAUUCCAAAGAACAAAACGUUUGAUGGCCCAGUGAUUAAAGAAGAACUUGGAAGGGCCACUUGGACCUUUCUUCACACUCUUGCAUCUCAGUACCCAGAGAAGCCAACCAGGCAACAGAAGAAAGAUGUGAAAGAAUUGAUGGCAAUUUUAUCUCGCAUGUACCCUUGUCAGGAGUGUGCCGAUCAUUUUAAAGAAGUUUUGCGAUCAAAUCCCGUCCAAGCUGGAUCCCAAGCUCAGUUUUCACAAUGGCUUUGCCGCGUUCACAAUAUUGUUAAUAGAAGUUUGGCUAAACCUAUUUUCCCCUGUGAACGGGUUGAUGCACGAUGGGGUAAGCUUGAUUGUGAGCAGCGAACCUGUGAUUUGCAAGGAAGCGACAAGUUUUUCUAACGAAGCAUAUGCUAUGAAUUAGUUGCACCGGGAAAUCUUUAGCCGUGCUUGAAUCUGCUAUGUUCUUUGAGAGCCAAAGAUGUAAAGUCUAUACAGGCAGGCAAUGUGAGAACAUACAUGGUAAACCAUUAAGGGUGGUCGAAUCGGUUGAAUUAGUGAUUGAGAGAUCACGAAUUCAUUCCCCUACCAAUACCUUCUCGGUCGAGCCAUCAUAUAGGGCUUGACUAGUACGGAGUAUGUUUUAAUUUGUUAGCACUUCUAUGGGCCCUCAUCGCCAAAAGAAAAGCAUACAGGUAGAGUUGUGUCCGGUUACCAAAUCAAUAGAACUUGUGAUGAACCUUAUGUAAUGUACGAGUAUUCCCUAAUUUAAAAGGCCUAAUUGUCA